CAUCAGACAGCGCCGGUGCGAAGCCGCAGCGCUACAUGUGAGAGCGCACACAGCAGUCAUGAACGGGUUUGAGGUUUUUAGUGAUAAACAAUGUGAGAAAAUGUAGGUUUACGUUUUUUCGGACAGUUUACCUUAGUUUCGCUUUACAGCGCUGAUCCGCCGCGUCUCGGUUUAGCGGUUAGCUGUCAGCCGUUAGCUGAGGUGAACUUCACUGAGCAGAAAUGCAUUCCGCCAAGACUUUCUGCCGUCGCCUGGUUUCCGAGCAGUUGAUGCGGCAAAACUGCUACCCGUCGAGAUGUUUAGGUCCUUUAGUUUGUGUUCAGACUCUGUUUUCCAGCGGCGGGGUUCGUCAGUCAUCUACGGCAGCUUCCCAGCCUGCUGUGAUCCGCAUCCCGCGACACAUGCAGGAGCGGAUAGAGAACGUCGGACAGGUGAAAAACAAGAGCUUCGCCAGAGUGCCUACAGUGAGACCUGGCAGGCUGCUGAUAAAGAGCAAGAACCCACAGCACAACCAGUCUCUUAGCUACACCCUGGGGAAGUUUGAAGCACCAGUUCUCGCCUCGAAAGGCUGGAAAAGCAGCAAGUCAUUUGGGGACUAUUUUGUCAUAAACAGCACGCAGGACGCCCCGCCGUUUGUUUCAGACUGUGCGGAGGAGAGUAAGAAGGCUGGACGCGAGCGAGCUGCUCAUAGAAGGACAUUCAGCAGCCUUCACCUCUGCACUGAACUGGUAGAGACUCUGCAGAGCCUAAAUAUAACUCAUCCCACAACUGUGCAGUUGCAGACGAUUCCCAAACUGCUGCAGGGACAUAAUGUCCUGUGUGCUGCAGAGACAGGUAGUGGAAAAACGCUGGCUUACCUCCUCCCCGUUAUCCAAAAGUUACAUGAGACGCAACUAGAAGCAGUACACUCGGAGCAGAGGACACAGGCCGUAGUUCUUGUGCCUUCCCGAGAGCUGGCAGAGCAGGUCACGUCAGUCGCGAGGGCCAUGGGUCAACCGUUUGGCUUGCAGGUGAAGGUAGUGGGAGGAGGGCAUGGGAUUGGGAAUAUCAAAGCUGCGUUCUCCCACGGUCAGCCACACGUUCUAGUAGCCACCCCUGGAGCCCUGCUGAAGGCGCUAUGGCGGCGCCUGGUGGGUCUGAGUGAGCUCCGUUUCGUGGUAGUGGAUGAAGCAGACACCAUGUUUGACACCAGCUUUGUAAACAUGCUGGAGAAAAUCCUGUCCCAAACCCAGGUAGCUGCCAGCCUCGCUGAGAUGGCUGGCCCGACCCCUAAAGCCCAGCUGGUGGUGGUGGGUGCUACCUUCCCUGGAGGAGUUGGAGAACUUCUCAGCAAAGUAACUGAUCUGGGAAGCUUGGUGACGGUCAAGAGCCGGAUGCUGCAUUACCUGAUGCCGCAUGUCAAACAGACGUUUCUGAAAGUUAGGGGCUCUGAGAAGGUCCUGGAGCUUCACCAAGCCCUAAAGGAAGUGGAGCCUGAAAAGAGAGGUGUGUUAGUUUUCUGCAAUACAGCAGCCACCGUCAACUGGCUAGGCUACACGCUGGAAGAGAUGGGCGUCCGUCACAUGCGGCUUCAGGGAGAAAUGCCGGCAGCAAUGAGAGAGGGAAUCUUUCAGAAGUUCCAGAAAGGUCACGUUGAUGUUCUGCUCUGCACUGACAUCGCUUCCCGAGGACUUGACACACAAAGGGUGGGGUUGGUGGUCAACUAUGACUUCCCUGAGUCUCAUACGGACUACAUCCACCGUGCAGGUCGUGUGGGCAGGGCAGGAGGCUCAGAUGGAGGACACGUUCUCAGUUUUGUUACUCAUCCAUGGGACGUAGAGCUGGUACAGAGCAUUGAGACUGCAGCCAGGAGAAGAAUGUGUUUACCGGGAAUGAACAAAGAGAUUCAUAAAACCAGCCCCAAAGCAGAUUCACAGGAGACAAAGUGAACACACAAAUGCACAGACCCCCUUUUUGAAAUUCAUGUAUUUAAACGGCUUGUUUAGAACACCUAACAUAGUAAUAACUAGAGACUUCUGUUAUGUGUCAUAAUAAUUUAACCGAACAGUGAAUUAUUGGUUUUACUCUUAAAAGAAAGUUGAAUAAAAUUGGAAUAAUAUGAUGCAGAUUGUUGAUUUGAAUGUAAAUUGCUUUUAGGAUUGAUUGUACUUAAAUGUUUUUCUGGUUAAAAUGUUA